GAAGAAGAAGAAGAUGAAGAUUUUGGAGGAAGUGUUCUUCUAUUAUUAUUAUUAAGGGAAAAUUGAAAUUUGUUUGCCAAGGAAUGUUUCCUCAUCAAGUAAAAUCCGAAACGACCACCAUGCUAAUUCAGGGGCAAAUAAUCCGCUUAAGAUGCCAAUGAAAACGGGCCUACCUUGACAGCCCAUUACUAUUAAAGCCCAUAUCUUGGUUUCGAUUGUCUAGCCCAAAUCAUCAAUCAAUUGGACUGGGCUUGUAUCCAGCUUAACAUACCCAUAUUCAAAUACAAGCCAUCUCCACUCCACUUGUCGCGGUUGCUAUGAGCCUCUUGCAUGCAAUUGCUACGUGUUCAAGGACUAAACCUUCAUGUCAAACGUGGCAACCAUUGUUGCACAUGUCUUGGGUGAUAAAUUUUGAAAGAGAAUUGAAGCUCGGGGAGGAAAACGCAGUCACCCACAAGAUGAGUCCUGAAGAAGUGAGAAGAACAGGUGCAGAAGGAUCCAAGAGGCCACCAGGGAACAACAACCCAGGUGAGGUUUUGCACCAGAGGCGCAAGCUGCCCUUCAGCCCAGCUACUAUGGCAGUUACUGGGUUCGGGAUCACCGCUGCUAUAGGGUAUAUGGUGUUGUAUGCCAAGAAAAAACCCGAAGCUAGCGCCAGUGAUGUCGCCAAGGUAGCUACCGGUGCUGCCGAUCCUAAGGACACUCAUCCUAGGGAGUAG